AUGCUGAUCAAGGAUCGACUGACACUGCUGGAAAAUCGAGCACAACAGCUCGAAAAGGAAAAGAAGAAGUUUUGCGUUAAGUUAAAGAGGAGGAAGGCGUUACGGCCGCUGCAGCCGAAGAAGCAGCCGAAGAAGAAGAGGUGUUUCUUGCUCAAGAAGCGCAAGGGACCGCUGCCACUGAGGCCGCUAACGUCACCGAAGAAGACGAACAGCUUGCUGCGCUGGAGGCCAAGAAGCUCGCGCGUCACUGCGCCUUUCGUAACGGAUAUCAAGAGCAUGCCUGGAUACGCUCCCUCGUGGUCAUAG